CUCGGCCGGCCUCGGGCUCGAGCAGAGCAGCCCGACGCCUGGGCGGGGCUGGAGGCCCCCCGCGGGAGACCCCGCGCGUCCGACCCCCCGGAAGCGCGGAGAGCGCCGCGGGCAUGGCCAGCGUGCUGCUGCACCUGCUGCGGCUGCCGACCGACCCGAUCCCCUGCUCGAACCAUCGCGCACUUCGCGGCCGCCGCGGUGCUGAGCCACCAGGAGCUCCGCGGCGGGGCCUGCUGGUCCAACGAGGAGAUGGACGAGCAGCGGGCCCUGGUGCUGCGCGCCACCGGCUGCCACGACUGCAGGCGGGUGGGCCCUGAGGCGCCGGCGGCUGCCUCGGAGAGGCUGGCGCACAGCUUCAUCUGCGAGCAGAUGCUGGACGCCACCCAGAACCAGCGGCCCAUCCCAGACCGCGACGCCCUCGUCGUGAAGGCCGCGGAGUUUCUCUUCUGCCGGAGCUUCUCGUGCAUCCGGGAGGUCGAGAUGGCCAUGGCGAGAGAGACGGCUGGCGUCUGA